AUGCUUUCCGCCGCUGUAGCGAUAUGGCUUUUGGCCGUAUCGGGCACCGAGAUCCCAAGAGUUCUAGCGCAAGAUGCAAAGAGCUGGUACGAGACUCAUCCAAAUAUGGCCCGGAUCAAGCAUGUGAACCAGGAUACUCACCAGAUCAUUGACGAGUAUGGAAGAACUAGGUUCUUCCACGGAACGAAUGUUGUCAUGAAAGAGGAACCGUGGUACAGGCCCUUUGAGUGGACUCCAGGUGUCUCCUCAUUCGGCGAACGAGAUGUUCAGAAUAUGCAUGACUUGGGGCUCAAUAUUGUCCGUCUUGGUCACAGCUGGGCAGGUGCUGAGCCAGUUCGCGGCGAAUACAACCAGACCUUCUUAGAUAUCAUGAAGGAACAGACAAAACUGGCAGAAGAACGUGGUAUCUAUGUGCUGGUGGAUGUGCAUCAAGAUGUACUGGCUAAACAACUUUGCGGUCAUGGGGUACCUGACUGGUUUGUCAAAAAGGAUUGGAUCACAGGAUUCAGAAGGUUCCCGUUUCCUCAGAAGAUCAAGCCAUUUACCACGGAUGUCGAUGGCUUUCCUUCACCUCAAUCCCAGUGCAAUACCAUCGAUUGGUCCUUGAGCUACUUAUCCGUGGCUGUUGGAAAUGCCUUUGGUAGACUUUACAACAACUUUGAUAGGCUUGGAGACUCAUUCGCUGCUUACUGGAAGAAACUGGCCUCGGAGUAUGUGGACACCACUAAUGUCGUGGGGUACAAUCUCCUCAACGAACCCUGGGUUGGCGACACAUACGCCGAUCCAACACUCCUCGUACCAGGAGUUGCUGACCGCAAGAAUUUGGAAGGCCUUUGGAACCGAGCAACGGAACAAAUCCGUGCUGUUGACAAUGAUACCCUGAUCUGGUUUGAGGGCGCUACCUUCGACGUUCUUUCUGGAUUCAAUAACGUACCUCUCGGUGACGGGUCCAAGACAGUGCAUUCAUUCCACUACUACAACCCCCCGCAACUGGGCCCACUAAAGGAUACACUCUACAACCGACACAAGGACAAUGUUCGACUCAAGACUGCUGGUGUACUUACAGAGUUAACGUUCUGGAUGGGCGAUGAUAAGCAGAUGGCUGGCCUAGCGGAAGCCAUGGCGGCAACCGACGCGAGCAUGGUGUCUUGGAUAGGAUGGGCAUAUGAGAACCUGUAUAACGGGACAUCGGGAAAGCCAUAUCCAGAGCUACAGAAACACUACAGUCGUGCGUAUCCAGCUGCGAUCGCCGGGACACCUACUUCAUUUGGCUUUGAUGCGACUUCGGGGGUUUUCAAGCUGAACUUCACAAGUGACCCGAACAUUGGUGCACCGACCGAGAUCAUUCUACCUACUUAUACUUUUCCGAACGGGUACGAGAUCCGAGUUCUACCUAGUGGAAGCCUGUUGCAACACAAGCCCAACGAACACAUCUUGGCCCUGUUUACGUCGAGCUCCCUUAAGAUGCCCAUGGAGAUAUCUAUAGAGGUGAUCAAAAAAAUAGUUGAAGGGUAG